UGCUGGGGUUGAAAAUGUGUUUGCUUUGACUCAGACACACAGCUGCAGAGCCCCGCUACGGAGUAGGAGGUGGUACCGUUUUUUCUUCACUUUUAUUUCUCCGGAAUAGUUAUUUCUAUUAAUGAGAAAGGAAAAACGGAGAGGAUAUUCAACAAUAUUCACAACAAAGUGAGGAGUUGGAGUGUGCUCAGUGAGCUCGGAAAGACGGCGGCAUGGCGGUCUCCACUCAGCUGGGCUUACUGCUUUGGAAGAACUUCACAUACCGAAGAAGGCAGACUAUUCAGCUGCUGAUUGAAAUAAUCUGGCCUCUAUUCAUCUUCUUCAUCCUCAUCUCGGUUCGGAUACACUAUCCACCCUACGAGCAGCAUGAAUGCCACUUCCCAAACAAGGCCAUGCCUUCAGCAGGCACUCUGCCCUGGGUACAAGGAAUCAUCUGUAACGCCAACAACCCUUGCUUCCGGAGCCCAACCCCUGGAGAGAGUCCCGGGGUGGUGGGCAACUUUAAUGAUUCAAUACUCUCCCGACUGUUUAUCGAUGCUAAGAAGAUUCUGCUGUACACCCAGAAUGAUAGGAGCUAUGAGGGCUACCGUGGACUGCUGAGGGCCCUUCACAAGAUGCAGAAAAACACCGCCCGUUUCAAGCUGAAGGACUUUUUGAAAGAUAACGAAACCCUCUCCCACUUCUUGCAUCACAACGCCUCACUUCCUCGUCACGCGCUGAAGCAGAUAGUAGAGGCUGACGUCAAUCUGGAAAAGGUGCUGACUAAAGGUUUUGGCUUCCAUCUCAGAGACCUAUGUAACACAACACCCCUGGAGGAGUUUGUCCAUAUUGCUGAUGGCAAUGUAUCUCGCCUGACGCAAGAAAUUAUUUGCAAGUCCUCCAAGGACUGGCUGAACAAGGCCCAGAUCCACUUCCUGUCGAACUUGGACUUCCUCAAGCCAAUUCGGAAGGAUGUAAAGUCAGAUCCCAAAGUAGUUCAGGAAGUCUCCGCUGCAACUGACUAUCUCCUGGAGAGCCUCGGACAACUGGCUGUGGAGCUUGCCAGCAUGAAGAGUUGGAAAGAUAUGCGAAAGGAGAUCCUGUAUCUCACUGCCAAUCCCACAGGCUCUCCAAAUCAGAUGUACCAGGCGGUGUCACGUAUUGUCUGUGGCCACCCUGAGGGAGGCGGCCUCAAAAUCAAGUCUCUCAAUUGGUAUGAGGAUAACAACUACAAGGCGCUGUUUGGAAACCACGGAAACGACAGCGACAGUGAGCCCCUUUCCGCAUAUGACAACACAUCCACUCCUUACUGUAACAACAUGAUGAGAAACCUGGAGUCCAGCCCCAUUUCCAGGAUGAUCUGGAGAGCUCUGAAGCCUCUGCUCAUGGGAAAGAUCCUCUACACCCCAGAUACUCCAGCGACACAGAGGAUAAUCCACGAGGUGAACAAGACUUUCCAGGAGCUGGGCUUGUUGAGGGACCUUGGAGGAAUGUGGGAUGAGAUGAAGCCCAAACUAUGGAACUUCAUGGAGAACAGCGAGGAGAUGGACUUAGUCAGGACACUGCUCCAAAAUAACGCGAGCGCCACUUUCAUGAACACUCAACUCAGUGGUACUGAGUGGCGUGUGUCCGACGUAUCACGCUUCCUCUCCAAGUCCUCGGCAGACAAAAAAGCUGCAAGAUCAGUGUACACCUGGAGGGAUGUCUUCAAUGAAACUGACCAGGCCAUCCAGACCAUCACCCGCUUCAUGGAGUGUGUGAACCUGGAUAAACUGGAGCCAGUAGCAAAUGAGGAGCGCUUAGUCAACAAAUCUAUGGGUCUGCUUGACAAUCAGAAGUUCUGGGCGGGCAUUGUCUUCUCCGACAUCUCCCAUAGCAACAGCUCUGACUUGCCCCCUAACGUCAACUACAAAAUCCGCAUGGACAUCGAUAAUGUCGAGAGGACCAACAAGAUCAAGGAUGGCUACUGGGACCCUGGCCCCAGAGCAGACCCCUUUGAGGACUUGCGGUACAUCUGGGGAGGAUUCUCCUACCUGCAGGACGUCAUUGAACAGGGAAUCAUACGAGCUGUGACAGGCAGCAAGGAAAAGACUGGAAUCUACAUUCAGCAAAUGCCCUACCCCUGCUAUGUGGAUGACAUUUUCCUGAGGGUGAUGAGUCGUUCCAUGCCCUUGUUUAUGACCUUGGCGUGGAUGUACUCCGUGGCCAUCAUUAUCAAGGGAGUGGUCUACGAGAAGGAGGCCCGGCUCAAGGAGACCAUGAGGAUCAUGGGACUGAACAAUGGCAUCCUGUGGCUCAGCUGGUUCAUCAGCAGUUUGAUUCCAUUGCUGAUCAGUGCUGGCUUAUUAGUAAUGUUGUUGAAGAUCGGCAACUUGCUGCCUUACAGCGACUCGGGUGUGGUUUUUCUUUUCUUGAGCUCCUUUGGUGUGGUAACCAUCAUGCAAUGCUUCCUCAUUAGCACGUUGUUCUCUCGUGCCAACCUGGCAGCGGCCUGUGGUGGAAUCAUAUAUUUCACCCUCUACCUGCCCUACGUGCUGUGUGUUGCCUGGCAAGACUACGUGGGAUAUGGAGCAAAAAUUGUUGUGAGCUUGCUGUCUCCCGUAGCUUUUGGAUUUGGCUGUGAGUACUUAUCCCUAUUUGAGGAGCAAGGUGUGGGAAUCCAGUGGUCCAACUUGCUGGCAAGCCCUCUGGAGGAGGAUAGCUACAACCUGAGCACCUCCAUCUGUCUCAUGCUGUUUGAUGCUGUGCUCUAUGGAAUAAUGACAUGGUAUAUCGAGGCUGUGUUCCCUGGCCAGUAUGGAAUCCCCAGACCUUGGUAUUUCCCUUUCACAAAGACAUACUGGUGUGGUGAAAAGGAGAACAAGAACCUCUCAACUUCUUUGUCCAAGAAAGGCAACGCUGAUGCUGUGUGCAUCGAGGAAGAGCCGAGCCACAUUGAUCCAGGUGUUUACAUUGAGAACCUGGUGAAGGUCUAUAGCCAUGGAAACAAGCUGGCAGUGGAUGGACUCUCCCUGAGAUUCUACGAGGGACAGAUCACCUCCUUCCUCGGCCACAAUGGCGCUGGCAAGACAACAACGAUGUCAAUCCUGACAGGGUUGUUCCCGCCCACUUCAGGGACGGCAUACAUCCUGGGCAAAGACAUUCGCUCGGAACUUAGCGCCAUCAGGCGGAAUCUGGGUGUUUGUCCCCAACACAAUGUGCUUUUCAGCAUGCUGACAGUGGAGGAGCACAUCUGGUUUUAUGCCCGCUUGAAAGGACUGCCUGAGGAAAUGGUGAAAGCCGAGAUGGAACAAAUUGUAAACGAUGUCGGAUUGCCUCAUAAGCGACAGUCACGCACCAGCACACUUUCCGGUGGGAUGCAGCGGAAGUUGUCCGUGGCUUUGGCUUUUGUUGGAGGCUCAAAGGUGGUGAUCUUGGAUGAACCCACAGCCGGUGUUGACCCCUAUGCACGCAGGGGAAUCUGGGACCUGCUACUUAAAUACAGACAAGGCCGCACCAUCAUCCUGUCUACCCAUCACAUGGAUGAGGCAGACAUCCUGGGUGACCGCAUUGCCAUCAUCUCCCAUGGCAAGCUGUGUUGUGUCGGCUCCUCACUCUUCCUAAAGACCCAACUGGGCACAGGCUACUAUCUGACCCUGGUCAAGAGAGACUACGAUUUGACACUUCAGUCUUGCAGGAAUUCUGCUAGCACGGUUUCCUAUAGCAAGAAAGCCGAGAAGGAGGAUAGUGUGUCUGAGAGCAGUUCUGAUGCAGGACUUGGCAGUGAACCAGAGAGUGAAACCACCACAAUUGAUGUUUCCCUCAUCUCCAAUGUGAUUUUCAAGCAUGUCUCAGAGGCUCGCCUGGUGGAAGACCUUGGGCAUGAGCUCACUUAUAUCCUGCCCUACCAGUCAGCCAAAGAUGGAGCCUUUGUGGAGCUCUUCCAUGAGCUGGAUGACCGUCUCACUGACCUGGGGAUAUCAAGCUAUGGAAUAUCGGAUACCACCCUAGAGGAGAUUUUCUUGAAAGUUGCUGAGGACAGUGGAGUUGAUUCCGUGGAACUUUCAGACGGAGUGGUGCCAACGCGGACCCGUCGGCGUCAUGCCUUUGGAGACCAUCAAAGCUGCUUGAAGCCCUUCACAGAGGAUGACUUUGAUUUCAAUGAUUCAGAAGAAUCUCGUGAGACUGACUGGCUCAGUGGAACAGAUGGUAAAGGCUCAUACCAGGUCAAAGGCUGGAGUCUAAAGCGACAGCAGUUUGUAGCACUACUCUGGAAAAGAUUUCUCUAUGCUCGGCGUUCCAGGAAAGGUUUUUUUGCACAGAUCGUCCUCCCAGCUGUAUUUGUGUGCAUUGCCCUGGUGUUCAGCCUAAUUGUUCCUCCGUUUGGAAAGUACCCAAGUCUGGCCCUCGAUACUAGCAUGUAUGGGGAGCAGUUUACCUUCAUCAGUAAUGACAUACCUGAGGACCCUCACACCAACAAACUGCUUGGAGCUCUGACAGACAAACCAGGAUAUGGAACACGCUGCAUGGAAGGAGGAUCCAUGACGAACACUCCAUGUGCAGCAAUGGAGGAUGAGUGGUCAGUUCCACAAGUACCUGAAAGUGUGACAGACAUGUUUGACAAAGGCAACUGGUCCAUGGAGAAUCCAUCUCCUCUAUGCGAGUGCAGCUGUGAAGGACGCAAAAGGAUGCUGCCUGAAUGUCCAGCUGGUGCAGGGGGUCUUCCACCUCCACAGAUGAAACUCAGCGAUAAAGACACUCUUCAGAAUUUGACUGGUAGAAACGUGUCGGAUUAUCUGGUGAAGACCUACGCUCAGAUCAUUGGGAAAAGCCUAAAGAACAAGAUUUGGGUCAAUGAGUUCAGAUAUGGUGGCUUCUCGCUUGGCGCCAGAGGCUCUCAGCUUCCAGCCCACAGGGACCAGGUCGAUGAUGCUAUUGCUCAACUCCGCAGACGCUUCCGUCUCGAAAGGGGAACUGCAGCAGAUCGUUUCUUCCGCAGUCUCUCCAACUUUAUUCAAGGAUUGGACACCAAAAAUAAUGUCAAGAUCUGGUUCAACAACAAAGGCUGGCACAGUAUCGGCUCUUUCCUAAAUGUGAUGAACAAUGGAAUCCUUCGAGCAAGUCUGCCAGCUGGCAAAGACCCCACCAAGUUUGGUAUCACUGCGUAUAAUCAUCCUCUCAACCUCACCAAGGAGCAGCUGUCACAAGUUGCACUAAUGACAACAUCAGUGGAUGUGCUGGUGUCCAUCUGCGUGAUCUUUGCCAUGUCCUUUGUGCCUGCCAGCUUUGUUGUUUUCCUCAUCCAGGAGAGGGUAAACAAGGCCAAGCACAUGCAGUUUAUCAGCGGAGUGCAACCUUUCCUCUACUGGCUGGCCAACUUUGUCUGGGACAUGUGUAACUACAUUGUUCCUGCCACACUGGUUAUCAUUAUCUUCAUUUGCUUCCAACAAGAGGCUUAUGUCUCCUCCACCAACCUGCCUGUUCUGGCCCUGCUGCUGCUGCUCUAUGGAUGGUCCAUCACCCCUCUGAUGUACCCAGCCUCAUUCUUCUUUAAGAUCCCCAGCACGGCCUAUGUGGUUCUGACCAGUGUCAACAUACUGAUCGGAAUCAACGGAAGCGUGUCCACGUUUGUACUGGAGCUGUUUGGAGGCAAUGACAUUGGCGGUAUCAACGACAUCCUGAAGAACGUGUUCCUCAUCUUCCCUCACUUCUGUCUUGGGAGAGGCCUGAUCGACAUGGUGAAGAACCAAGCGAUGGCUGAUGCUUUGGAAAGAUUUGGGGAAAACCGUUUCCGUUCUCCAUUGGCCUGGGACAUGGUGGGAAAGAACCUGUUUGCAAUGGCCAUUGAGGGAGUCAUCUUCUUCUGCAUCACCGUCCUCAUUCAGUAUCGCUUCUGCAUCAAGGCUAGGUCAUCCUCCAGUCACCUGAAGCCAAUCAGAGAAGAGGAUGAAGAUGUGGCCAGAGAACGACAGAGAAUCCUCAGUGGAGGAGGACAGGCUGACAUCUUGGAGCUGAGGCAGCUCACUAAGAUUUACAAGCGGAAACAGAAGCCCGCCGUGGACCGACUGUGUGUCGGCAUCCCCCCAGGCGAGUGCUUUGGUUUGCUGGGAGUCAAUGGAGCAGGGAAAACCAGUACAUUUAAAAUGCUGACAGGAGACUCAGUGGUCACAAGUGGAGAGGCCUACCUGGCAGGAAAGAGUGUAACGACAGAAAUAGAUGAGGUACAUCAGAACAUGGGAUACUGUCCUCAGUUUGAUGCCGUCAAUGACCUGCUGACAGGACGGGAGCACCUUGAGUUCUAUGCCAUUCUGAGAGGCGUGCCUGAGAAGGAAGUGUGUGAGGUGGCAGAGUGGGGCAUCCGCAAGUUGGGGUUAGUCAAGUAUGUGGACAAGGCAGCAGGCAGCUACAGUGGAGGCAACAUGAGGAAACUGUCCACCGCCAUCGCUCUCAUAGGAGGACCGCCUGUUGUGUUCCUGGAUGAACCUACAACAGGCAUGGACCCUAAAGCACGGCGCGCCCUGUGGAACGCCAUACUGAGCAUCAUCAAAGAGGGACGAUCUGUCGUCCUGACCUCCCACAGCAUGGAAGAGUGUGAAGCGCUUUGCACCAGGAUGGCCAUCAUGGUCAAUGGCAGGUUCCGCUGUCUGGGGAGUGUGCAGCACCUGAAAAACAGGUUUGGGGAUGGUUACACCAUCAUCCUCAGGGUGGCUGGACCGGAUCCAGACCUUCGGCCGGUGAUGGAGUUUAUCGAGCAAGAACUUCCCGGCAGCAACCUGAAGGAGAAACAUCGCAACAUGCUGCAGUACCAGCUGCCCUCAUCCCUGACCUCCCUUGCACGCAUCUUCUCCCUGCUGGCCACCAACAAGGAGGCACUCAGGAUAGAGGACUACUCUGUCUCUCAGACCACUUUAGACCAAGUGUUUGUAAAUUUCGCCAAGGACCAAAGUGAUGAGGACCACUUGAAAGAUGUCCACCUAGGCAAACGGGACGCUGUGGUCGUGGACAUUUCCCAGCUAAACUCUUUCCUAAUGGACAACAAGACCAGGGAGAGCUGUGUCUGAUUCCACCACGCCACCUUCCCCCAGUGGGUAUCUAAUGCAUCACCCUCAUGGCGUCAUCCCUCCACAGAUAGUCUGUACCACUAUAAUCUGAAGUGGGAGACGGGACAAGGUUCACUUUAUUUUUUCUCAUUUGUAGACUUUUUUUAUUGUUGUUGUUAAUCCUCAGUGGACCUGCUGUUAAACGCACAGCCUCUGAAGACGUGAUGAGGCAGAGACUGCAGGUAUCGUGAAAGACACUGAACUCAAUGCAAAUCAAUGCAAGAAAUCUAUAUAUUUAAAGACGAGGGGAUACUUGAGUGAUGGUUGGAGACUGGUGCUUCUCCCUCACUGUAUUUGGACACUUUAAGUGGGAUUGUCGAGCUGUGUUUGACUGGAAAAGUAGCCAUGCUACUCACUUAGAGGAAGUCUAGUUUUGAAACCCAUUCCGAAAAGUUGCGCUCAUUCACUGCCAGCUGCAAAGGACGGACUUAAACCUUAUCCAGGUGUAAUUUCUUCGUUACCAGGAGUAGUUUUAUAACGCAGGAUGUGACUCUAAACACAUUUACAGUCUGACUCAUUUCAAGGGUGGAACACCAAACACUUUUACUACUUCGAUUUUUUUUAAUACGGUAAGUCGUGACUUUGUUGUAUUUUUUUUUAACAUUGUCUCUUUAUUAGUUGUUCCUCCUUGACGUGGUUCAUCACAGUGCCUACGUGAAUGAAGGAGGGGGUAGUAAAUAUGAGCACUCCAUUGACCACAACAACAACAUAGGCUGCCAAGGAAUGUUUGACUCAAGCGUCAAAGCACAGAAACAGUUUUUUGUGGAGAAAAGAAGUCCUGACUUGAUGGAAACAAAAAAAAAUCUUGUAACUAUGGCCUCUACAUGAUGUGCAGUCUGCUAUAAUGGCUUCUUUUUACUCACCCCCACCAUCUUUAAAUGGGUGAACAAUGUGGAACUACAGUAUGUGAUGGUGAAGAUGAUUAUUGCAUGCUCUCUUCUGCCUGAACACACACUCAUGGAUCCUCAGCCCUAUUCUGUGUGUGGUCAAGCAUGCAGACUUUGAAAGCUUCGUUGUUGGAUUAUUCCGCACAUCACGUACAUGUGGGCUUGAAAUCCAAAUGAAGGUGUGAUUAGUGGGAUGCAGAUCAGAAGGGGUAGCAUUCAUACAUGCUAGAUGACGAAAAUGUAACACAAUUGGGAGUAAAGAUGGCUCUUGAGUUGGACGUAGAUGUUUCUGUACAGUAGCAGUCUUGUGAUGUCAGCGGUGGAAUUAAAAAACUGUGUGCCAAAUUAAAGUUAAAUAUGUGUCAACCAGCAGAACAAUGAUGAGGCAACUGUUUGUAAAUUGAAAGUUGUUCUUUGGUGUCACUUCAUUUUAUUUUCCUCCGUAGACCGGUCAGUCAAAGCAAUUGUCAAAUGACAUUAUAUGUGAAAAAUAGUGACAAGUUGCCAAACUCCAACUGUGCUGCCAUGACGUCACCCGCAAUUAGACUGGAUGCAAUCAGGGACCACUGCAAUUGAGACAAGUCUUCUGACCAAAUGAAUACAUAUCCAGGGUUCAAAUUGAUGAGGCUUUUAUCAUUGCUUCUGUGUUUUAAAAAAAAUGUUGUAGAAAGGAUUUCUAACAGAUCUGGAAUUGGUAGAAAUCUGUUGCGCUUCAUUCAACAUGUUGACUAAAAGAGAAGCUUGAGACAUGGAAAAAGAAAAACACUGCACUGGAGCUCCAAAAGAUUUGUCUGAAGACUGAACUUAGUAGGAAUGAGUGGAUGAGCCAGAAAACGAAGUCAAACGAUUUGACACGAGCAACGGCAGUAACAUGGUGAUUUUCUCCUCUUGUGCUCAAUAUUAUUAUUCGUUUACAUUUUUUUCAAGUAUUAAACAGCUGUUUGAGUCUGUUACCUGUUAUGUAUAGUAAAUAUUAAAAUAAAGUUGAUACGUUUUGAAAAAACAAUGGCCUUUGUUGACUUUUUUUAAUUUUAACUAUUGUCUAUAUGGAAUUUAUUUUUCUGUUUAACAUGAAUGUAGUGAACCCAGCACACACCCAUAGUGAUAAAAGUUUUAUUUUGUGGCAAAUAUUCCAUUUCUAUAAUAUUUGCGUUAUUUAUACAGAAAAAUAGUAAUUUAUAUUGCAUAAUGUUUAUUACACAAAAUAUGGCCAAAAGGUAUUUGGACGUAAUCUGUGCAAAAUCCUUAAAUUGGCAUAAAUAAAGAAUAUCAAAAAUAAGUACAAAGGGCGUAAAUAGUGACGUCACACGCCAGUUUGCUACACGUGUCAGCAGGCACCGAGCACGUCGUCGUCAAGAGAGCUAACAACGCACUGUUGUAAGUUGUAAGUUAACCUAAUAAUAGUUAAAUCAAGAUUAUUUAUGUGAGUGUGUUUGCAUCAGGGAGCGCAGGACGUCUGAAGCCGAAUAAAUGUGGCCAUUCAAUGAGGUUAUUGGUUAACAGCAUCUAUUUGCACCCCGAAGAGAGGUAUGCGGCAUUUUAUUAGUGGCAUGUUAUUUUUCCAUUGGAUUGUAUUGAAGGGGCUACUUAGGUGUGUGAGUUUUAAUAAAUGUUUUGCUAUGGUUUAGUUUCACGGUACUCAUGAAGAAAUAAAAAUUGUACCAGCCGAGCUCAACGCUGUGAUUCUUGACACCAAGGGCUGCUACAGUGAAAGGCUAAGCUCCAUUGGCGCCACCUUGUGGCGAGUACGAUCAUCCACCUGCGGCUUGAACAUUCAACCAUUCAACUGCAGUGACCGACGUCUGGUAGCUGCGGGGUAAAGUCACUCUCAACGACAAUGAAAUCGCAUGGUUUUGAGCAAAUAUAAGGAGUCAUCUGCCUGCUUCUUCAAUCACAUAAGACGAUGGACACAGAUUUUAAAUGUAGUCCAAUUCUGAGCAAAUCUUGAUGACUGCAUAAAUGCAUGAAUGUAAAUGUUAAAGGUAGCAUCUAAGGUCAAAUCAUUUUAAUUUUGGAAUUAAUGUCAUCUUUAUCACUGGUAUUUAAUAGUUGAAGUUUCCUGAGUGUGCAUUUUUACCAAGGCUUAUUUUAUUGUGGCAUGGUUUAUUUUCUAUCUAAAAGGUCUAAAGGUGUUUGAUAGGAGUGGUGGUUUAAAGCAUUGAAAACCGAUUAAAGGUCACAUCUCAAACUUUAGUUAAGACAAGAUACACUCAAGCUAUUUAUCCAUACGCAGUCAUAAAGUAACAUGUUAGCACCCACUGAAGAAGGAAAGAAUCCCACUGAAACUCAACACGCAAGGUCUAGCUCUCGUGAGCAAACCUUAACAGAAAAUGGCCAAGAACUGCAAAAACAGGAACUAAAGAAGGAGAAAGCAUUUAAUAAGGCAUAUGAGACUUGGAGAUUGGCUGCUAAAGAAACAAGAGCCGAACUGAAGACCUUCUGCUCACUUGAGGAACUGGAAGACAGCCAAAGAAACACAAAGGCAGUGAAGUCCACAAAGUUUAUGCCUCAUGUCUUGACUCAACAUGCUGCUGCCACUUCUAGCAUUGUUCCUGUUCUUGUGACUCCACGUUUAUGCUGGAAGACUUGGCUGUAGAGAUGAGCGUGAACACUCAACCAGCAAAGCCAUUGGAUAAGUCGCACAUCCCAACAAAGCGCACAGCUCUUUAGUGGCCUCACCUCAGCCAUUUAGCCAACAUGUUGCCACUACUUCAAGAUUGUGAAGUUGGACUCCUCAUGGGCUAUAACUGCCCUUUAGCUUUGGCUCCCCUAGAGGUCAUCAUGGUGACACGAAGACUUUUGCGCAACACACUGUGCUUGGCUGGAGCAUUAUGGAGUCAGCCAAUUCUCACUUGGACAAGCAGGGCAGCCAUAGUUUUGUGCAUCGUGUGGCAGUUAAGAAUUACCUAAGGCAGAUGUGUUAAAUAAGUGGCUCAGGAUGAUGUUGGUUUUAUACAAUUUCUGACUAAUAAUAUUAAACAAGAAAAGGGUGGACAUUAUCAGAUGCCCCUCCCCUUUAAAAAUGACAACCCACCAGUACUGCCAAACAACAGAAGGCUAGCUACAGUUCAGUUACAACAGCUGAAAAGGAAGCUAUCCCCCAAGAAGCAAUAUUAUGGCCAGUACACUGCCUUUUUAUGGAAGAAAUGAUUAGCAAAGGUGAUGCAGAGCCAGCUCCUGCGGCUUGGGAGGGAGAAAGUGUCUGGUAUAUCCCUCCAUCAUGUGUACCACCCAAGGAAACCUAAUAAGCUAAGAGUUGUUUUUGAUUGUUCAGCAAAGUUUAACGGCAUUUCACUAAAUGACACCUUACUUACUGGUCCUGAUUUAAUGAAUUCACUGGUGGGAGUUUUGUGUCGAUUUAGAAGGGAGGAGGUUGCUGUGAUUUGCAACAUUAGAAAAUGAAGCACAAGAAUAUCAAAUGAAGUUCAUCUCUUCGGUGCCGCCUCCUCACCUGGAUGUCCUAACUUUGGCCUGAAGUAUCUUGCUCAGCAAUGCAAAGCUAUCCAUUCUGAAGCAUCAGCCUUGUUGAAAGGAACUUUUAGGUCGAAGAUGGAUUAAUCAGUGUUCCAACUGUCUAACAGGCCCAAGAACUAAUUGAGGCAUAGGAGCUGUGUAGUCGUGCCGGCCUAAGAUUAGAAGAAGUUUAACUCAAACCACAAGGAUGUUCUCUCCUGUGUAGCUCCUUCAGAAAGGGCAUCAGAACACAGCAAGGUUCCCCAAGGUAACAUCAGAAGGGCAUGUACUUGGCGUUCAGUAAUCAAUGGUGAGCGACUCCUUUAGCUUCAAUAUCAAUGGGAAAGAUCAUCCUUCAACUCGGCAUGGGCUCCUCUCUGUCAUUGCUUCUCGGUAUGAUCCACUUGGGUUCAUUGCCCCUUUUACCCUGAGUGGAAAGUGCAUCCUCCAAGAACUGUGUCACAAAAGUAUCGGAUGGGACUCUGGAACAGACACAGGUUCCCUGACCGAUAUCUGGCGUCUUGCCUUCGGCUCAGGUACACGUCCCACCAAUGGUCGGAGGUUUGACCUAUGUACCAUCUUGGUGAGCCCUCCAUCCAGGGGUUCCACAGUGUAGUAGUUCCCUGGGCAUGCACAACCUUGUACACGGUGUACACUGGAUUUUAUAGCUUCCUGAAGCCUGAAGCGGAGGUACACCAGAUCUCCUACAAGAGCUGGACAAUAUACUUUCUCUUGUUGCUGAGUCACUCUUUCUGCUGCCUUGGGCUCUGUGAUCUCCUUCGCUCUUGCAUGGGAAUUUCGUAGUCUGUCCUGGUGUACAGUCAGUUUUGCCUUCCUUCAGUUGUUCUUGGCCUAGCAGAGCGUCAACGGGAAGAUGUGGAUGGACUCCGAACUGCAGGUAAUAAGGUGAAUACCCUGUUGUUGAGCGGGGUGUAAAAUUGUACGCAUAUACAAGCUCUGACGAUUGUUCAGGCCAAAGGUGUUCAGGGAGAAGUGUGCGCAACAGGUGAUGUAAAGUUCUGUUGAAUCUUUUGCAUUGUGGGUUGCCUUCGGGGUGGUGGGGUGUGGUUUGGAUCGUCUUAACACCGUACAACUUCCACAACUCGGCGACCAAUGCACUUUCAAAAUUGCAGACGUUCCAGACCACUGCAGGCGUUCCAGCCGCCCAUACUUGAGAAACCACUCUGUGAUAAUGACUUUUGCUGUAGUAUCCGCAUUGUGGUCUUGAACGGCAGAAGCCUGACUGAAUUUUGUGAAUACAUCUGUUAUCACAAACACACAUCCACGUCCAUCUGUGGCACAUUCAGGUGUAGUAACAUCUACAGCAACAACCUCAAGCGGUCUGGUGGCCAAAAAUGGAAUUUGAGGGGCUUGAAUCUUUGGCUGCAGCAUUUUCGUCAGAACGCACCUUUUGGCAUGUCUUCACUCACUGCUCAACAUCUUUGUGCAUGCCUCCCCUGAUGGCCCAUCUGGUCAUACACACUUUUCAGCACUUGUUCCUUGAAGCAGGCAGGUAACAGUAAUUGAUGGCAUUCCCCAAGGUGCACAUCUUCAAUUACUCGAUACAAGAGUCCAUCUCUCAAGUCGGGGUCACUGUCCCACUUGCUGUCUGGUCUGGUCCUAAAAGUGUCCCUGCCCUCAGUGAGCUGCAUACUGCUAUGCAACCAUCGUAUUCCGCAACCUCACUAUUUAUUCAUGGCCAUAUCAAAGUGAAAUAAUUAAUUAUACUCAUCAUCUGUGACAAAGUACUCGGUGGAUUGAUGAGUUGCGUCAGUGUGCUGAAGGCAUGCUGUACCUCGUGAUGACCGCAACGUGGCAGUGUUGACAUUUUGUGGUGACCUUUUCUUUGUGACUUUUUCGGGACCAGGUUAUGAGUUUAGCCUCAGUUACCACGGUGAUAACACCGCUUAAAAGAGAGCUACCUUCGCUGAACAGGCACGCCCGGCUUUACACUCAACAUACCUCGCUAACGCACUAAACUCGCUUCGCAGUAUACCCCCAUAGGCAACGUGCAUGAAACAAACACAAUGCUCCAACAAAGGGAGAUGCCACCAUCUGAACUAGAUAGGAGAACUAAAAUUAGCGGCAGGUGUGUAAAAACAGGAAAGUAAAGGUGGCAGAAAACAAGGCGGAGCAAAACAGGAAGAAUUACAAAAUAAGAGCCUCACAGGAACUGAAAUGAUAAAUGAUGAGCCAUUUUCUUUUAAUCUUAAUGGAGUGCCUUAGACAUUUAAACAUGCAUAAAAAUCCAGAUUAAAACACUACUCUUGUGUUUCUGUCACAUAAAAUAAGUCAGUAACACGGCCAGUUUGAACAAUGUGAUAGUAAUUAUUACUUUAUUGAAAUGUAGUUACAACAUUUGCAUCAUUAACAAAUUUGGUUAGUUUCACAGUCAAGAAAGGAGUAUUUAUGAGGUCACAGAGUAUUACAUGCUCAACAUCUAUUUUAAAUGUAUGAAAUAAUACUACUAUUGCAGACAGUGUAGCUACAAUGCAUGGGGGCAGCGCAACUGUGCAUGGCUCAAGUGUGACAAUGCAGCAACAAUAGGCUCUGUCGUAUGUAAUUUGACUCCAGUGCCUACACAACACUGAGGCAAUGCUUAUCAUCUCAGGCCGUAGUGUAUUUCCACAGUAAAGAGCCUGUGUUUUCUAACGUCUCAUCCAUGGCAAUGCACAGUAAAUGUAAGAACAUCAUGUGUUUAAACAUUUGUAUAAUAAGGCACAGUUAAGUGCAUUUUCUAUGCUGACCAAUAAGAGUAGAUGUAUGUUUAAUUUUCAAAUCGGAUUUUCCAGACUGUAAGUCACACUUUUUUUUUUUU